AUGCUACUUAUAUUAUUACUACUACCACUGGUCUCAUGUCUACCUCCAUCACUCACUUCAAAAUCAUUCAUACCAACAUUACAACAAUCCAAUCUAUCAUUAAUUGAAUUCUUUAGUCCUUAUUGUUCUCAUUGUAAAGCUUUUGAACCAAUAUGGGAAUCAACAUUAGAUCAUUUUAACCAAAGUCAAUAUAACAUUGCAAUGCAUCAAGUAAAUUGUGUGGAACAAGGUGAUUUAUGUAACAAGGAACAAAUUAGAGCUUAUCCAAGUUUAAAACUUUAUGGUCCCCAAGGGUUUAUACAAGAUUAUCCUAAAUCAUUAAAACGUAAAGAAUCUGAUUUAAUUGAAUUUAUGCAAUCAAAAUCAAUUGAAUUAAACACUGGACUGGAUAUAAAAUCAAAAUCAAUACAUUUAACUACUGAACAAAUUAUUAAAAUAAUGGGUGAAUCACAAUUAAAACCAUGGUUAAUUUCAUUUUGGCCAUCUUCUCAAUUAGAUAACCUAGAUGAAUUAAAUUAUAAAGUAUUCCAACAAUCUGAAUAUUAUGAAGAUUGUUUAACAUUCCAAAGAAUUUGGUCAAUUUUAUCAAAUCAAUUAACAUCAAAUUCAAAAGAUUUCCAAAUUGGUCAUAUAAAUUGUCAUGCAAAUUCACAAAUAUGUAAAGAAUUAGGUUUAGCCAAUGACUUUAUACCUCAAGUUAAAUUUAUUAUACCAGGUUUUGAUACUGCUAAAACUAUUGAUUAUCAUGGUGAAUUAGAUACAAAACAAAUCUUUAAUUUCGCCACCAGAGCAAAACAAAUUUCUUCAUUAACAAAAAUUGAUUCAAUAAAUUUAUUAGAUCAAACAAAAAUUAAGACAAAACUCAAAUCAAUUGAUACCAUACCUGAACCUUUGGAAAAUUAUUUCAUUUAUUUAUUUGAUGAAAAAUUAACAACAAAAGAAGAUCUACAAAUCUUACCAUAUUUAUUACCAAAAUUAAUUGAAUCACCAAAUACAAAAUUUUUCAUUUCAAAUGAUUCAAAUUUAUUAAAAAUUUUAGAAAUUCAACAGAAAAAUCUUGUUAAUUAUAUAUCAUCAGAUCAACAAAAAUAUGAAUUUAAUGAAGAUAAAUUUCAAUUAAAUUAUCUUUCUUCAUUACCUACUCUAAUUAAUUUUAAAGAAUUAUCAUUAUCUUCUUCAAUUUAUCAAAGUUUUGGUCCAAUGGAUUCUCGUGAUUUAAAUAAGUUAAAUCAAUUUAUUGAAACUCAUUCCAAUCCAAUUUUCAAAGAAUUAACACCCAAAUCACUUGACCUUAAGACUAAAGAAUCAAUGGUUAUAUUACCAAUUCAACAACCAGGUCAAUUAGACCCUUAUCUAGCCAAGAUUCAUGAAUAUAAUGAAUUAAUAUCAAAUACAUCAUAUACCCAACUUUUAAACCAAAGAUCAACAAAACAAUCAAAAGCAAAUUAUUAUAAAAAUUUAAAUGAUUUUAAAAAAAUGAUUAAAUCAUUAAGAAAAGAAAUUAAACAACCUUUAUACCCAGAACCCAAAUUUUUUUAUAUCGAUUUAUCAAAACAUAAAGAAUUGGAUGGAUUGGAUUUAAUACCUGGUGAUUUAACAAUAAUUUCCCGGGGUUUUCAAUAUCAAUCAUAUUUAAAAGACCUGAGUAAAUCACUAUUAUCAAUAAACAAGAUAACAAAUGGUUCAGUCCAUGGAAGAUUGAUUAAUUCUCCAUAUCCUGAUUCUUUAAGAUAUUUGGAUUAUUUACAUCAAUUUGGAAUUUGGGGUUAUUUAGGGGUUUUAAGUGUUGUAAUUAUUGGUAUUAUUUGGAGAAGGAAUAAAAGGGAAAGAGAUUAUUUACCACUGUUUGAGAAGAAGAAUCAAGACUGA